AGAAAAAAUUGAAGUUGAUUUCUGGAAAUGGGGUAUUUUUUGUUCUGCAGAAUCGAUGUGUGAAUAUGAUAGCGCAUCUGUUUAAUGCUCCGGUUGGUGACGACGAAACGGCAAUCGGCGUGGGUACAGUUGGUUCAUCGGAAGCUAUAAUGCUUGCAGGUCUUGCCUUUAAAAGGAAGUGGCAAGCGAAGAGAAAGGCGCUGGGCAAACCCUUUGAUAACCCUAACAUCGUCACCGGGGCUAAUGUGCAGGUUUGCUGGGAAAAAUUCGCACGGUACUUCGAGGUAGAAUUGAAAGAAGUGAAGCUAAGAGAAGGGUACUACGUAAUGGAUCCAGCCAAAGCAGUAGAAAUGGUCGACGAGAACACUAUCUGCGUUGCCGCAAUUUUAGGUUCGACACUGACCGGAGAAUUCGAGGAUGUGAAGCUCCUAAACGAACUCCUUACGGAAAAGAACAAAGAAACGGGAUGGGAUAUUCCGAUCCACGUCGAUGCCGCUAGCGGAGGAUUUAUUGCCCCGUUUAUUUAUCCCGAUCUCGAGUGGGAUUUCCGUUUGCCGCUAGUGAAGAGUAUAAAUGUGAGCGGUCAUAAGUAUGGGCUCGUUUAUGCGGGUGUUGGUUGGGUGGUGUGGCGGAGUAAGGAGGAUUUGCCGGAGGAACUUAUUUUUCAUAUCAACUAUCUCGGAUCCGAUCAACCGACUUUUACCUUAAAUUUCUCGAAAGGGUCUUCACAGAUCAUUGCCCAGUAUUAUCAGUUCAUUAGACUUGGAUUUGAGGGGUACAAAGACAUAAUGCAGAACUGCAUGGAAAACACGAGGCUCCUCAAAGAAGGAAUCAUCAAGACAGGCCGUUUCGAAAUCCUAUCCAAAGACAUCGGCGUGCCGUUAGUAGCUUUCUCUCUCAAGAACGGCAGCAGCUACACCGUUUUCCAGAUCGCCGAAUCUCUCCGGCGGUUCGGUUGGAUAGUUCCGGCGUACACAAUGCCGCCAGAUGCAGAGCACAUUUCGCUCAUGCGUGUGGUGAUCAGGGAAGACUUCAGCCACAGCCUGGCGGAGAGGCUAAUCUCCGACAUCGAGAAAGUUAUCAAGGAAUUGGAUGAACUGCCGCCUCGAGCUUCGGUUAAAUCAGCCCGCGUUGAUGACGUGGAUGGAGGCGGGUCCCACCACACUGAGAAGGAAAUCGGUAGCUAUUGGAGGAGGAUUUCGGACAAGAAGACUAGUAGUGUCUGCUAGAUUAUAACAUUUUCCACAAGCAUGUUGUAUUAUUAUUAUUAUUUAUUUAUUUUUAAUUUGUAUGAAUUGUCUACUUUCUUGUUUGAACUAUUAUGGCUAUGUUAAUUUGAAGCAUUUUGUAGAAUUUUU